GAAAGCGUGGGUUUCGAGGCGCAGAGCUGGAACGGGUCCUUCCGCCUCCUCGCCACCAGCUACGCUGCUGACCUGGUACGUGUGAGGUGUUCCGCCCUCCAGUUCCUGUCGCUGUGUGACGCUGACCCCAGGAGCAGGAGUGGACAGCAGGACACCGGCAGUCAGGAAUGGCUCCAGUGACCUUUGAGGAUGUGGCUGUGAACUUCAAUGUGGAGGAGUGGGCCUUGCUGGAUCGUUCCCAGAAGCAACUCUACAGAGAAGUGAUGCUGGAAACCUUCAGGAACCUGUCUUUUAUAGGAAUAAAAUGGGAACACCAGAACAUUGAAGAACAGAAGAAAAAUCUGCAGAGAAAUGUCAGAAGUCAAGUGGUGGAGAGAGUCUGUGAAGGUAAAGAAGGAAGUGAGUGUGGAGAAACCUUCAGCCAGAAUCAAGAAUGUAUAAUGAAGAAAACUCCUUGUACACUAAAACAUCCUGAACCCCGUAUGUGUGGAAAAGUGGCCACUGUUCAUUCAUCCCUUAAGAGACACAGUAGAUCUGAUUCCAAACACCAACUAUGUGACUUUCAGGAAAAUGGGUAUAGCCGCUAUGACUGCCAGAAAUGUGAUAGAACCUUUAGGUGUCCCAGUAGUCUUCAAAGACAUGAAAGGAUUCAUACUGGAAAGAAAGUCUAUGAAUGUAAGCAAUGUGGGAAAGCCUUCAGUUCUCGCUACUGGGCUGAGAGACACAUGGUGACUCACAGUGGAGAUCGGCCUUACAAAUGUAAGCUAUGUGGGAAAGGAUUUCCUUAUCCCAAUUCCCUUCGGACUCAUGAAACACUUCACUCUGAAGAAAAACCCUAUAAGUGUAAGCAAUGUGGGAAAGCUUUCAGGAAAAAUUUUUCCUUUCUACUACAUGAAAGAAUCCACACUGGAGAGAGACCCUAUGAAUGUAAGCAGUGUGGGAAAGCUUUCAGGGAUCGUUGUUCCUUUCUGUUACAUGAAAGAAGUCACACUGGAGAGAGACCCUAUGAAUGUAAGCAGUGUGGUAAGGCCUUCGCCCAUUCCAGUCAUCUUCAAGCACAUGAAAGAAUCCACAGUGGAGUAAGACCCUAUGAAUGUAAGCAGUGUGGUAAAUCAUUCACUUUUCACCACAGUGCUCGACGACAUAUGGUGACUCACAGUGGAGACUGGCCUUAUAAAUGUAAGGUGUGUGGGAAAGGAUUUCCUCACGCUUAUUCCCUUCGAAUUCAUGAAGUAGCUCAUCGAGAAAAACCCUAUGAAUGUAAACAAUGUGGGAAAACCUUCAAACACUCUAAAUCCUAUCAAAAUCACCAAACAUCUCACACUGGAGAGAAACCUUAUGAAUGUACGAUAUGUGGGAAAGCCUUCAGCUGUUCCAGUUACAUUCAAGAUCAUAUGAGAACCCAUGGAGCGAAGUCCUAUGAAUGUAGUGAAUGUGGGAAAACGUUCACUUACGCCAAAAGUCUUCGAAGACACAUGAGGACUCACAGUGGUGUUGUCCACCAGGAUGGCGUGUUGUCAAAGCACACAUGAAACUUGGAGGGCUAAAUCUGCCUGAAAGCUUAAGGAGCUGCGAUGUGCCAGGAAGAGGCUCCCAGCAGAACUUCUAAGGACUUGUGUGGCUUCAGCUUACUGACUGACCAUCAGGGGAGCAGAUGCUUCUCUGUAGUGGUGCUGGGAGCAGGUGGAGCAGCUGUUCUGUCCUUGGUGGUCAUGAUGGUUUUUACCUAGAAGUCAGAAAGAACGGCUGUAUUUCAAGCUCAUCUCUAAGAAGCAUCAGUGAGACCUGCUAAUGAAAAGAAGGGAACAUUUGUCAUUUUAACCUUGUUGUUCUUUACCAUGUUUAGACAGUGCCAUCGUCUUCUCCUUGUGAUGAGGUGAGACAGCUGCAGUACUUUGGACCUGUUUUGCCAUUCUUAUUAUCUGAACACUGCAAUAUUUCCCAGAGUGUAUCAGAGACUGUUUUCCAUGAAAUAUGUAAGUUAAAAUGUCUUUAGACCCUUGUUCCAUAAUAAGAUUCAAAAUACUUAAUAAAAAAUCUCUUAUGAUUCAAAUGAGUCCCAUCUUUAAGGUAAAUUAUUGACACAGUAACAAACCUAGCAAGGAACAGAAACGUCACUAUUUCCAUAAGGUCUACCUCACCAGAUAAAGUAUUAGUGAUGCUAAUUUGUCACCAUCCCUCGUGCUGAAGUUGCAGACUCAAGUCAGCAAGGGUUCACACAGAAGCCGGGCACUCAGAGCUCUCAAACAUGUAACAAAGUCUUCAGUCCUUACA